CUGAACACCUUUUUUACUAUACCGACACCUUCCCCCCGCCCAUAGACAGCACUCAUCCCAUCGCAAUGGCCGAACAAACUGCUCCACCGCUCGACCCUAAUCCUCAAUACGACCCCCCUGCCGACCUCAAAUCCCGCAUGAAAGCCUCCUACGACGCAAUCGCCCCGAAAUACAACGAAUGGACAGUCUCGCACUCGGCCACGCGCCUCCGCUACCUAGACCAGCUGCUCAGCCGCCUGCCCACCACCACCUCCCCAUCAGCCCCCGUCUCCGUGCUCGAGCUAGGUGCCGGCUGCGGCCUCCCCGUCACCCAGAAGCUGCUCGCCCACGCCAACCUCUCCGUCACAGCAAACGACAUCUCCAGCGCCCAGCUCUCGAUCGCCCGCGCCAACCUACUGCCCGACGACCCGCCCGGCCCGGCCCACGGCCGCCUUACGCUGCUCGACGGCGACAUGCUCGCGCUCGACUUCGCGCCGGCGGUCUUCGACGCCGUCGUCGGCAUGUACUCGAUCAUCCACCUGCCGCGCGCCGAGCAGGUCGAGAUGCUGCGCAAGAUCGUGGCGUGGCUGAAGCCGGGCGGGUGGCUGCUGGCGAACUUCGCGGCGGACGAGUUUGCAGGGGCAGAGGCGCAGAACUGGCUGGAGGAGGAAAAGGGGUGGAUGUUUUGGAGUGGCUGGGGGAGCGAGGGGACGCUGGAGAAGGUGAGAGAGGCGGGGCUGGAGGUGGUCGUGCGAGAGACGGUGGAGGAUUUGCCGGAUGAGAAGUUCUUCUUGUGGAUUUUGGCUAAGAAGAGCGAGUCGUGAAAAUGUUAAAUGUGAGGGCGGAAAGGGGUGAGUAGAGGGAUUGGUCUUGAGGUCUUCAAUGAAUUGAAGGGGAAAAACCACUAAUUGCGAUUUUUGAGCCGCAACCAGCAUAAUAGCAAGGCUCGACUCUUCGUACAUCCGUGAGAUUUAUCGAAGAGAUAGUGGUUAACAUAAAGUUACGUACGUUAUUGAACCCAAGCCGUUGCCCAGGAGCGCUCAUCGUUGCCCAGUUAGUGCUGUUAGAUAGGCGCCGAGUAGUGGGGGCCAUCAAAAUCCUUGUUGGCUACACUCUCUCUUCUUUUUACAGGAUCUUUAGAUAUAUGCUCUAUAGAUUGACUAGAACAAAAAUUCCGAAAAGCCUCAACAGGUUCCAUUGA